AUGGUCACACUAAUUGUCAAUCCUGCCAAUAGGGAUUGGUUGCCACCUUCUAUUGUUGGUGGGCUAUCAACCUCGGAAGCAGAAAUGUUUGUCGAUAAAAAUUCUUCAUGUGGAUGUUCCUGCUCCUCAUGUCAAUGUACCUCCGUUAUCAAGGGAUAUUUUGAUGAUAGUGAGGAGGUGAGUGCAAAUGCAGUUGCAUCAUCACCAGGUUGUGGAUGUUCUUCAUCAUGUUGCGGAACUUUAAAUUCUGUUAAUGCUGAUAAUACUUCUUCUUCUGUUAGUGGUAGUAAUAGUUGUAGUACUACUAAUAGUAGUGGAGGUGGUGGUGGUUGCAUUGCUAAUUGUUUCAUGAAGAGAAUUAGACAAAUUUAUCACUUUGAAAUUGUUUUGGUUCGUAGAAAGAAUGAAAAUAUGAAUGCUUUGGAAAUUAUUGAAAGUUUAAAGGAUCAAGCAUUCAUUUCCAUUGCUGAAAAUGAACAAGAAUUGAAGGUCUAUGUUUCUGGAUAUGUUUCCUUGUUUGAAUUGAUGAGAAAUUUGUAUGAAAAUAACAAGAAACAAUUUCGUAUCAAGAGUGCAAGAACUAUGAAAGUUCACCAAGUUAAAUUUGAUGAUUCCUGUAAGAUGAAAUGUAGAGGAUGCAGUUCUCGUGUUGAAAAGGCUUUUGCUGAUAUGGAUGAUAUUGCUCAUUUGUAUUGUGAUUUAGAUGAUCAAACUGUCAUCUUCUUUUUCAAUAAGGAGAAUACUAGAUCUUUGAUUAAUGAUAUUCUUACAAAUGAUUUGAAAAAGACUUUUAAUAUUUUGAAUACUGAUAUUGAAAUUCAAAAUCAUCCAUCUCAAGAUGACAAUACUUCUCUCACUUUGAAAGUUGAAGGAAUGAGAUGUGGAGGUUGUAGCUCAAAGGUUAAAAAAUUGUUAAAAGAGAGCUAUGGUACUGAAAAUGUUGAUAUUGAUCUCAAUUCUAAAAAGGUAAUUGUUAGAGGUGUUGAUGCCAAAUUAGAAUCAAAGAUUAUUGAAGAUAUUGAAAUGUUGGGCUUUACUUGUUCCAGAUUUUCUGAAUACAAGGAACACAACAUUACUGUUAAUGGUAUGAAAUGUGGAGGAUGUAAGAAUAAGAUUACCAAAGCUCUUGAAUCUGAUGAAAAGAUUCACUUUGUGGAUGUUAAUUUGGAAAGCAAACUCGUUAGUGUUCAAUGUGAUUAUGAGGAACCUGGUCCAAUUAUUCAAAAAAUUGAAGAGCUUGGUUUUACUUGUGAAGGAAAGGUAGAAAUUUAUUCUGUAAAGACUUCCAAAUCUGUUCCAACUUCUUCCUACAGAAAGGAAGUUGAGGAGGAUCGUUCCUUCUAUCAACCAUCACCAACAAGUGAAAUGAAUCAAUACUCUGCUAUUGAUCUACACGAAGAUGGUGAUGAAGAAAUUGAGAUGCAUGAUGUGAGAUUACUCUCCAAUAAGGAGGGUGCCAAUGUACCUCAUGAUGAAUCAGCUGAACACUCAUCUAAUAAGAAGUGUGUUCUCUCCAUUGACGGAAUGAGUUGUGCCUCAUGUGUUUCCAAGAUUGAGAGAAAUGUUAGAGAAUUGAACGGUGUCAGCAAGUGCUCAGUCAAUCUCAUCAUGCAAAAAGGUGAAAUUUUAUAUGAUGAGUCUGUCAUUUCAGAACGUGAGUUGAUAAAGAAGGUCGAAUCUCUUGGUUUUCAAGUUACCAGUCUAACUGAUCAGCUCAAUAAUGAAAAGAACAAGCUCAUGGUUAGUAUCGGCACAUCAAGUAAGGAAUCUUUUGUUGAUUUCCUCACUGGUGUUAAAGGAGUUUUUGAUAUUGGACAAAGUGUUGAAGAUGGUAAUCCUAACAAUACCAUUCUUACCAUUCUAUUCGAUGAUAAGACAACCAAAUGCAGAACUAUCUUUGACCAGCUUGUUCAUAAAGCUGCAGAAGGUCAAUUGGGUGAGGUCAAGAUUGUUAAAUCUUCCUUGAUGAAGAACCAGAUGGAUACUCUCCAAAGAAAACAUGAAAUUAGAAAAUGGGCUUUUUAUUUUGGAUUUUCUGCUCUAUUGACCAUUCCUGCAAUGGUUCUCAUGAUGUUAUUUGGUAAUAUUCAUUACACCAAGAUGGCACUCAUGAAUGAGGUCUUCCCUGGCUUAUCUAUCAUGAGCUUGGUCAUGUUUUUACUUGUUACUCCAGUUCAAAUCAUUGGUGGAUAUCCGUUCUAUCUCCUCUCUUUGAAAGCAUUGAAAUCCUUCUCUUUGGAUAUGAAUGUUCUCAUUGCUAUUGCUACUACUGAGGCUUAUGGUUACUCUCUCUUUACCAAUAUUUACAAUUUGAGUGUUGGAAAGAUUACAAUUGAACAUGAUUACUUUGAGACAGCUGCUGCAUUGAUCAUGUUCUUGUCACUUGGUAGAUUGUUAGAAAGUGUUGCCAAGGGAAAGACCUCAUCUGCCCUAGUUACUCUUUUGGAUCUUCAACCAAGUGUUGCCAUUCUCGUUGGUGAAAAUAAUACUGAGAGCGAAAUUGAUGUUGAUCUAGUUCAAGAGGGUGAUAUUUUGAAAGUCAUUCGUGCCUCAAAGGUUCCUGUCGAUGGUGUUAUUGUCUCUCUCGAUGGUGAUGCCCUCGUUGAUGAACAAAUGAUUACUGGUGAAUCAAUGCCAGUCACUAAGAAAGUUGGUUCUGAAGUUAUUGGUGGCACUGUCAAUGUUGGUGAUACCUAUUUCUUUAUGAGAGCUACUCGUGUUGGCUCCGAUAGUACUCUCUCUGGAAUAGCCAAACUUGUUGAACAAGCCCAAACUGACAAGCCACAAAUUCAAGGAUUGGCUGAUAAGGUCUCUGCUUGGUUUGUUCCACUUGUUAUCAUUCUCAGUCUUGUAGUAUUUGCUGUUUGGGCCAUUUUGGGAGCUUUUAACUUGUAUCCAAAGGAGUGGAGAGCUGACGAUAUGAGCCCUUACAUUUUUGCACUCCUAUUGAGUACAUCGACUGUUAUCAUUUCUUGUCCGUGUGCUCUUGGAUUGGCUGUUCCAACUGCAACAAUGGUUGGUACUGGAUUAGGUGCUAAACAUGGUAUUCUCAUUAAGGGAGGAAGUCCAAUUGAAAUUGUCAAGAAGGCCACAUGUGUAACCUUUGAUAAGACUGGUACUUUAACAAAGGGAGAGUUGGUUGUUGAUCAAAUUGAAAUGUUUGACACUGAUGUUUCAGAUGAUGAUAUUUUCAGAUGGACAGCAGUUGCCGAGUCAAGCAGUGAACACCCAAUUGGUAAGGCCAUUGUCAAGUAUUGUAAGCAACAUUCAAGUCAUAGUGAGGAUACAUUUGUAAAGACAUCUGGAACCAUGUCUGAAUUUAGUGCAGUUUCUGGAAGAGGUCUCACUUGCAUUAUUGAGGGAAAGAGAGUUGAUAUUGGAAAUGAACAAUUCAUGUAUGAUCAACAUGUGAACAUGAUGUCAUUCAGCGAUUCUAGUCGUUAUCAAACUCUAGUAUUUGUUUCAAUUGACAAAAAGUUGAAGGCUCUUUUCAGUUUAUCAGAUGAAGUCAGAGAAGAAUCCUAUCAAGUUGUUAGUGAAUUACAAAAGAAGGGUCUCAAAGUUUACAUGCUCACCGGCGAUAAUCAAUGUGUAGCCAAUUUUGUUGGUGACAAAUUGGGUAUUCCACAAGAAAAUAUCUUUUCACAACUCACUCCAGUUGGAAAGACCAACAAGGUUAAGGAAUUACAAGAAUCCAAGGAAAUUGUCAUUAUGAUUGGAGAUGGUAUCAAUGAUUCACCAUCUCUCAUUCAGGCUGAUGUUGGUAUCUCAGUUGGUCAGGGAACAGAUGUUGCCAUUGAAUGUGCUCAAAUUAUCUUGAUGAAAAAUGAUUUGAGAGCUCUCCUCUCCACCAUUUCACUCUGCAGAAGUAUCUAUAAUAGAAUUGUUAUGAAUUUUGUUUGGGCAUUUGGAUAUAAUAUUAUUGCCAUUCCAUUUGCUGCUGGUAUUUUCUUCCCAUUGAUUCAAGUUAUGAUCCCACCUUGGGUUGCAGGUAUUGCCAUGGUUUCAUCUUCUAUUUGUGUAUUGCUUUCUUCUCUUUCUUUGAGAUUUCACAAGAUGAAAUAUUAAAAUUGAAAUAUAAACUGACUUGUCUUUC